GAGAGUUCCAAGUGGGCAGGCAGCCGUGUGGGUCUGAAGCUGCGUUUAAGAGAUAAGGGGAAGAAGAGCACCACAGGCACCUGCGUGGGACCGACAUGAGUUAGGAAGCAGGAUGAAGCCUUGGACAAGAGAAGAAGCAAAGCGUUUACUCAUGGGAAAGAACGGCCGCGUCGUGAUCAUCUCGGCUUUGUCAUGUCUAUCACAGAUCCCUCAGGUGGAACUUCAGGGGAGCUGCACAAACUCCGGCCACUGCCCCGAUGCAAACUUGAUCCACAUCUGGUACAUCUGGCUUGCGGUGGCCAUUGGUGGGCUGCUCCUUCUCUGUGUCCUGGUCUCUGUCUGCAUGAAGUGUUGCUGUCUGAACUGCCAACCUGCUGGGGAGGAGAACAGAGCCCACCCUUACGAGGUGACGGUCAUCACCUUUGAACACGACAGCAGCACUCUCCAAAGCACCAUCACCUCCCUGCAUUCAAUGUUUGGGCCAGCGGCUCGACGGAUUCUCGCCAUGGCUCAUUCCCACAGUGCCGCACCAGAAAUGCAUCCCUCUGCCGGAAGUGAGACGCCCCCCAUUUAUGAAGAGGCCCUAGGCAUGAGCAGGUUCACCGUGGCCAGAAGUGUAGAGAGAACACCAGAUCUAGAACCGGUCCCAGAGGAACAGCAGCAGCCUGAGACCAAAGCUCCGGAAGCAAGUCUCCCCCCAGAUCAGCCAGGUUCUUGA